AUGAUGAGGAUACAAACGAAGCUCAAGGGGGCCCCAGACUACGAUGACCCAGAAUUUUGGGAUACCCGCUUUGCGACAGGCUCUGAUGUGGGUGAAUGGUUGAACUCUGGUGAAGCGCUCAUAGAUGCAGUGCUAUCAAACUUAGAAAACCGAAUUGUUCCCCAGAAGGACAUGAUAAGGAAACCUCGUGUCUUGCACCUUGGUCCUGGUGUUUCCGAACUUGGAAAUAAGCUACGAGACCGAUUUAUCGAGCGAAAAUGGCAGGGCAAUGGCAUCGUGAAUGCUGACUUUUCUAUCGAAGCUGUUCGUCGUGGUAAAGAGUUGGAAAGUAAUAAGGAAUCGGCACAUGCCAUGCCUUGGUUACGUGUCGAUUUACGGUCCUGGAGUGAUGUGUCUACUCUGUCUGACUUUGCUCCAUUCGAUGUGAUUCUCGACAAAAGCACUAGCGAUGCUGUAGCCACGUCCGAAGACCACCAAUUGUCACGUCAAAAUGACUUUUUGACUAGCUGCCCUGCCGUCCAAAAAAUACUUUUAAAGAACGCUGCAACCACGCUGAAGCCCGUCGAGCUACUGGCCUUGCAGCUUUUCCCAUUGACCCAGAAGGGCUCGAGAUGGAUUGCCCUCUCAUACUCAACUAUACGCUUCGAUGGACUUCAUCACUUAGCGGACCACUGGACACUUCAGGCCCGUAUCCCAUUAAAGGCACCUGCUGGUCCCGCUACCCCCUCGACCUAUGUGCCGGAAAUAUUUCAUUGGAUGUACAUUCUCGAGCGGCGUUGA